AAACAGUUGUGUAAGCCUUCUCUGACUACUUCUGACCAGCAUGAUGUGGAUGUGACUCAAUUGCCGCACAGACCUGUGAUGGUCAACCGUUUCGAAUUUUUGUAAGGGCACCUGUGAAAUUUGCCCUCCGGAUUUCUCGACCCAUAGACACUGGAUCUUGAAGAACGCCCCUUCUCAGCCAGUGAGUUCUGGAAAAAGCAUUUCCAUGGCGUCAUGUGUAGUUGUAACUGCCGAUUUCCAGUUCUGUGCAGUGAGCUCAGAGCUCUGGCAGUCCUACUAUGAAGAAAUAUUCUUGCACACAACUAUGACCUCUGCGGUGUCGAUGUGAAGAGCAUAACUUUGUGAUCGUUAUGCUGGUGUAUGUGGUGGGAACGCGAAAUGUCCCUCCCUGGCAACGAGAAGCCCUGCCCUCUUGGGAAGGGGAAGGAGGAGUCUCUCUCAGGACAGAUGCACAGAAGACUUAUUCUUGGAAUAUAGAGAAAAUUCACGACGCGUAUGUGAUAGCUGUCGAAGAUGAGGCUCGUGAGAAACUUGAUCGCCUCGCCUGGGCUCAACAGGUGCAGGUGGUGGACAUGUCUCAGCUGAUUGCACCCACUGUCACAGAAGUCACAGCUACUACAACUGUUACAUCAACUGUUGCUGCUGUCAGCUCUGUCACCACCACUCCCACUGCCAUCAGCAGCCCCACAGCAUCAACACAGCAACAGCAUAGUCUCGGGACAUUUGUAGCAGACACCACCACAGCCAGUGCAGAGUUCUCAGCUAAUAAAGCUUUGACCUGCACCACCACAACAGUGGUCAGUGACACUGAUACUCAAGUGACCGUCACUACCAGCACAGCCGCAGUUGUCACAACGCAGGGCCUCAGUGCUCGUGGUGGCCAGGGUCGCGGGCUGGAGGCCAAGACGUCUGGGAAACAACGCUGGAGGCGGGGGGAGGGCGGAGAGGAAUUUUUUGUUCAGCAGAACCCGCUCUACGAGUCUGCAGCUGCUCUCAUCAACUCUGCAGAUCCAGCGUCCAUGCCUGGAGAAAAGAAAAAGAAAAACAGCCCUUCUCCAAGAGGAGGGUUUGACAGCGGCACAACCAACGGUGGUAGUGGAGAAGAGAGUGGGGAAUGGAUGGAGAUGAAUGGCUAUAAUGACACAGGCAAAAAGAACAAAGGUAAAAGACGCAGCAAGAAUGGUGGUGGGGAGAGCCCAGCCAUUGGCGACUUCCUCUUCAAUGGGUCCAUCAACAUGAACAGCAAUGGCAGUGACCCUCACUACCGAAAUGGUGGUCACUCUCAGCUCAGUGGCAGCUACGACCUCAGCAGGGACAGCUCCUUUGACCUUGAACUUGAUGACCCUGGCCCACACCGUGAGAUGGCCAUUGAUGUGCCAGAGAACUUUGUGGCGAGCGUCAAGUCCCCACCUCGCUACCCACCGCCCCAGGUGGCUAGCAGCAUGCACAACCAGAUGAAAGACAGGGGAAAUAACUCUCACUCUCAGACCUCACUUAAUUCCGGUGCAAACAGUACUAAACACCAGUCCUCCAGUCUCCUACAACCGGCUGCACAUCCGGCCCAACCCACAGCCCAUGAGUUGGAAAGAUUGCAUCAUCAUCAAGAAGAACUCAAGAAACGUAGAGAGGAAGAAAGUCGCCAGCAGGCAGAGGAGGAUUUCCUACGAGCUUCUUUAAGGGGUUCCAAAAAGCUCCAGGCCUUGGAAAACAAGAAACCACUGACACAGAUCCCCUCAGGGUUUGUCAACACAGCUUUUGAUGAUGAGGAUGAUUUGGAGGACGAAGAGGAUGAUGAAGUUGAUGACAUUGAGGCCAAGUCUCAGCCCAGACAGUUGUCAGAUGUUAUGGUUGAGGAUCGGUACCUGAAGAAGAAUAUUGGUGUGGAAGACCUGUUCUCCAGCCUGCACCACAUCCGUAGCACAAUCACUGGGCCGGAGGACCAGAAAUACAUUGCCUUCCUGCGAUCAUUGUUCCAAAACGACCAGUUCCAGCAGGCUGUGAAUCUGCACUGUCAGGUGAUUGAGAUUAUGUCAAGGUCACCACCAGUUCGACCUCUGACGGAUGAUGUUGCUGAAACAGGCACAGAAGUCCAGUACAUGAUGACCCAAGCCCCACAUGAUCCUCAUGCCCAGGAGUUAUUUGCCCUGCUCAGUUCUCCUUAUCUUAAGAGUGUGCUAGAGUGUCAGGAUGCAGUGGCCCAGCAGGUUUUGCAGGCCCAAGAGGAGAUGGUGUACCAGGGGGAGGUUUUGGACUAUCCACUGGUCCAGUAUGGUGAGGACAGUGUCAAGAUCAUACACCUGGAAAAGACCAAUGUGCAUUUGGGUGCUACAGUAAAGAAUGAAGGUGACUCGGUUAUCAUUGGUCGCAUUGUAAAAGGUGGAGCUGCAGAGGAAAGCGGCUUGUUGCAUGAAGGUGAUGAGAUCCUGGAGGUGAACGGCGUUGACAUGAGAGGCCGCAACAUCAACGAAGUCUCAGAGAUGCUGGCGAACAUGAGUGGAACCAUCACUUUUAUCAUCAUCCCUGGGCACCGAGCUCAACUCAAUUCUCAGCAACGAUCAAACAUUAUGCAUCUGAGGGCGCUGUUUGCAUACGAUCCUGAGGAUGACCCAUACAUCCCUUGCCGUGAGCUGGGCAUCAGCUUUUGCAGAGGGGAGAUCCUGCAUGCUAUUGCACUGGAUGACCCCAACUGGUGGCAGGCUUAUCGGGAAGGAGAGGAGGAGGAUCAAUCGUUAGCAGGGCUUAUACCUAGCAAGUCUUUCACUGAACAACGAGUUGCAAUGCUCACUGCAAUGGAGAACAAAGAGAACAAAAGAAAGGGAAGGGUAUGUGCCUGUGGCAGGAAGGAAAGGAAAAAAAAGAAAAAGAAAAAGUCCCUGUACAAUGGAGGAUCUGAAGAUGCAGAAGAGACUCUGACUUAUGAAGAAAUCUCUCGCUACUUCCCGCAACCCAACCGCAAACGACCUAUCAUCCUGAUCGGCCCCUCCAAUGUUGGCCGACAAGAGCUACAGCAAAGACUCAUUGACUCUGACCCGGAUAGAUUUGGUGCUCCAGUGCCUCACACUACACGUCCACGACGAGCCAGUGAGGUGGACGGCAGCAAUUACCAUUACAUCAGCCGCGUAGACUUCCAGGCAAUGAUCCAGCAGAAUCAGUUUGUGGAGUACGGGGAGCACCAAAAGAACUUCUAUGGCACCUCGGUGGCUGCCAUCCGACAGUUGGUGGCUCAGGGCAAGGUCUGCAUGCUCAAACUACAGCCAGAGUCCUUGAAAGUGGUGAGGGCCUCCAGCUUCAUGCCCUAUGUGGUCUUUGUGAGGCCGCCCAAUCUGGACAAGCUUCGGCAGUUGCAGGACCAGCUAGACAAAGCCAGACCUCUGGAGGAGGCGGAGAGAGGCAGACUUGUGUUCACGGAUGACCAGCUGAAGGAGAUCAUCGAUAAAGCACGCGAAAUUGAAGAACUGUAUAGCCACUACUUUGACUUUGUCUUGGUGAACAGUGACCUAGACAGAGCCUAUGCCGAGCUACUGGAAGAGAUCAACCGCAUUGACAUGGAACCCCAGUGGGUGCCCGCAGCCUGGGUGGAUAGUUUGUGAGGCCGUCUGGGACAAGUUUGUGAGGCCAUCUGGUUGGAUAGUUGAACAAGUUUAUGAGGCCAUCUGAGCGGAUAGUAAGACAAGUUUGUGAGGCUGUCCGGUUUGGUAGUUGGACAGGUUGUAAGUCCUCUUUGGUGGACAGUUGGACAGGUUGUGAGGUCCCACCUGUGUGGAUAACUGGACAGGUUGUGAGGUCCCACCUGGGUGAAUAACUGAACAGGUUGUGAGGUCCCACCUGGGUGAACAGUUGGACAGGUUGUGAGGUCCCACUUGGGUGGACAGUUGGACAGGUUGUGAGGUUCCACCUGGGUGGAUAACUGGACAGCCCCACGUGAGUGAAUAACUGGACAGGUCCAAGGUGGACAGUUAGACAGGCUGUGAGGUCCUUCCAAGGUGGACAGUUGGACAGGUUGUGAGGUCCUUCCAAGGUGGACAGUUGGACAGGUUGUGAGGUCCUUCCAAGGUGGACAGUUGGACAGGUUGUGAGGUCCUUCCAAGGUGGACAGUUGGACAGGUUGUGAGGUCCUUCCAAGGUGGACAGUUGGACAGGUUGUGAGGCAGCCUAAGGCUGUUCAGGUGCAAGCUGUUCUUUAAAAAAAAAAUAACUGUUGCAUGGUUUAUUUCAACAUUUUAAAGUGUGCUUAUGGUUCAGUCAGCCUCAGCAAAUAGAGGGUGAAAAAACUGUUUUGGACACGUCAAGAAGGCGUAUGUGCGGAGUGCAAUGUGUGUGUUCUUUUGAGCGAAACUAGUGAGAGGGACACUGAAUGUCAGAAUCAUCAUGAGGAACAGUUUGAUCUAGAACUCGUCUCUCUCUUACACACAACAGGGAUAUAUGGUAGAAGGGACAGCUGACUAGGAGCUUGUGAUUGGCCAUCUCAUUACUACACCAGACAGCAUGUCAAUUCUUAUACUGAUCUAAAUUAAAUUUGUCCUGCAGAAAUUACAAAAUGUCAACUUUGAAGCAUGGAAUAUAUUCAGUGUUUGUUGUUUUAUGAGUUUGGAGCUGACAUGCUCUAGUUACUUUUGAGAAUUAGGAAAUAGUUUGGAGCUCAAAUUUUUCUAAUCCAUGAGAACUACUGCUGGACUCCUUAACUUUUUAGGGCAAAGGUGAGCUGUACAGUCUUUUAGAUUUCUUUGUUUUGUUUUGGCGUGGUGGAAAUUCCUCAGCCCAAACUGAAUUGACCCAUGUAAUUUCAGGUUGGGCUUGAAAAAGUACCCAACUUGUACCAAGUGCUUUAUAUUCGACUGUUUUAGAAUGUGUUUGUCUGGUGUUGGGGUUGUGAAAAGUGCUCUGGUCUAUUUCUCUUUUGUAAGAGAACAGGUUCCUGUUUGAGAUGUAGAAAGGUAGCUGUGAGUGUACAGCAUUAUAGUCAUGUUUCCUUUCUCAGUUUUUUCUCAGAGGGGUGUUUUUCUCCAUGGUCUUUCUGAUGUCAUUAUGAAUGCUAGAGCAGUACAGCGUCGUCUACAUGAAGUGUCCAAGGCUAGUCUAGGGUUCUCAUAGUUCAAAUGUGGCAAAUGACCAUCACUUGUUCUAAAUAUGGGUUUUAUCCUUUUAGUUUGAUAUUUUAAGAGAUGGUCUUUUGGGCUUUCUAACGAAUUUUGUUCAUAUUAAGAUCUUUGGGGGGGGGUAUUUUUGUGUGUGUUUGUUUGAAUGCAUGCAUGUGGGGAGGGUGGCAGAGGGUUGCUUUCUCAGGCAUUCCGAUGUUUAGAAGCUGCUUUUGAAAUUUGAGUUUUGCAUCUAAACAGAAAUGUAUAUAAAUGCACACACGUACACAUGUUUAUGUUUGUGUGUGUGUGUGCGUGCGUGUACGUGCAUGCAUGUAUGGGCACGCAAUGACGUUAUAUACAGGUAUGUAUUAUUAUUAUUACUCGUUCCUUU